GACGACGGAGCUAAACCGGCGACCGAGGCAGCUUCAUUGUUGUGAAGAGUCUUAAAGGGGCCGCAUCACCCGGCCGGCCCGGCGCGGGGCUGGGGUGGGUGCGGCGGGGGUCCCGGGGCGGCCAAGCGCGGAGGAAGGACGGGAAGGAGGGCAGGGGCGCGGGAGCCGCUGAAGCGGAGCGGGCAUCGGACGGACCCCCCAACAGGCCCCGCCCUGGCCCCGGCACGGCCAGAUGGACCCCCCAGCGGCCAAGCGGAGCCGGGGCUGCCCCGCGGGACCGGAGGAACGCGAUGCCGGGGCCGGGGCCGUGCGCGGCCGGGGUCGGCCCGAGGCGCUGCUGGACCUCAGCGCCAAGCGAGUAGCCGAGAGCUGGGCCUUCGAGCAGGUGGAAGAGCGGUUCUCCCGGGUGCCUGAGCCAGUCCAGAAGCGCAUCGUGUUCUGGUCGUUUCCACGCAGCGAACGGGAAAUAUGUAUGUACUCAUCACUGGGCUACCAGCCCCCAGAGGGCGAGCAUGAUGCCCGGGUGCCCUUCACCCGUGGGCUGCACCUGCUGCAAAGCGGGGCUGUAGACCGCGUCCUGCAAGUGGGGUUCCACCUGAGCGGAAACAUCCUCGAGCCGGGGGGCCCCGGAGAGCCCGAGCGCCUGUUCCACGUCUCCAUCAGCUUUGAUCGCUGCAAGAUCACGUCCGUGAGCUGUGGCUGCGACAACCGCGACCUCUUCUACUGCGCCCACGUGGUGGCCCUGUCGCUGUACCGCAUCCGGCAUGCGCGCCAGGUGGAGCUGCGGCUGCCCAUCUCCGAGACGCUGUCACAGAUGAACCGGGACCAGCUGCAGAAGUUCGUGCAGUACCUAAUCAGCGCCCACCACACCGAGGUGCUGCCCACCGCUCAGCGCUUAGCCGACGAGAUCCUCCUGCUGGGCUCAGAGAUCAACCUGGUGCAUGGUGCCCCAGACCCCACAGCAGGUGCGGGCAUCGAGGAUGCCAACUGCUGGCACCUGGACGAGGAGCAGAUUCAGGAGCAAGUAAAGCAGUUGUUGUCCAACGGCGGCUACUACGGGGCCAGCCAGCAGCUGCGCUCCAUGUUCAGCAAGGUGCGGGAGAUGCUGCGAAUGCGGGACUCCAACGGGGCACGCAUGCUGAUCCUCAUGACUGAGCAGUUCCUGCAGGACCCACGCCUGGCUCUGUGGCGACAGCAGGGUGCAGGCAUGACGGACAAGUGCCGGCAGCUCUGGGACGAGCUGGGGGCCCUGUGGGUCUGCGUCAUCCUGAGCCCCCACUGCAAACCAGAAGAGCGGGCGGGCUGGCUCCAGCUGCUUGGCAAGUGGGACAAGCUCGAUGUGUGCCCGCUGGAAGAGGGCAACUACUCCUUCAACGGCCCCAGCCUGCAGCCUGCUGUGGCCCCCAGCCCAGGCUCAGAGGAGGAGGAAGAGGAGGAGGUGGCAGCCAUGACUUCCCGCCACACAGUGUUUGGCCGUGCCCUGCAGGCUGGAGAGCUGCACUGGAGUGACGGCCAUCUACAGAGAAUCCUGGCCAGCGACUCUUAUGGCCCCAGCCUCACAGGCAGCGUGGGUGGUGACAAGCUGACCUUUGACCCCCAGGCCCGCCCACUCUGGCUGGGUGAACCUUUCCCCACUGCCUGUGCCCGUGUGGACGCCCUGCGUGCCCAUGGAUACCCCCGCCAGGCCCUGCGGCUGGCAGGUGCCAUAGUCAACACACUCCGGCUGCAGCAGCGGCAUCAGCUUGAGAGCUACAAGCAGCAGAAAAAAGAGCUGCUCCAAAAAGGCUCCACCUGCAUCACUAACACGGAAGGAUGGGUGGGCCACCCCCUGGAUCCCAUUGGCUGCCUCUGCAGGGCGCUCCUGGAGGCCUGUCGCCUGGAGGAGGAGACCCUCGCUCUUUACCCAGAAUCAGGCUCCGAGAAGCGCAAGGUGGCCUACCAGCAUGUCCCCGUGCCCGGGAGCCCUGGAGAGUCCUACCUGGUGCUGGCUCUGGAGGUGGCACUGCUGGGGCUGGGGCAGCAGCGGGCCCUGCCAGAGGGGCUGUAUGCCCAGGACAAGGUGGUGCGCAGCGAGGAGCAGCUGCUGGCCCUGCUGGAGGAGGUGGACUUGGAUGAGCGGUUGGUGCAGGUGUUGCGCAAGCAGGCGGGGCUGCUGCUGGAAGGGGGUCCCUUCAGCGGCUUCGGAGAGGUGCUGUUCCGGGAGAGCGUGCCCAUGCACACCUGUGCCCGCUACCUGUUCACUGCGCUGCUGCCUCAUGACCCAGACCUGGCCUAUCGCCUCGCACUCCGAGCCAUGAGGCUGCCUGUACUGGAGACAGCGUUUCCGGCUGGAGAACCUCACCCCAACCCGCUGGACUCCAUCAUGAGCAACCGCUUCCCCCGCUGGUUCAUCCUCGGCCACCUGGAGACCCGCCAGUGUGAACUGGCCUCUGCCAUGCUGACAGCCGCCAAGGGAGACCCUAAGUGGCUGCACGCGGUCUUGGGCUCCAUCCAGCAGAACAUCCACUCUCCGGCCCUGCUCUUCAAGCUGGCACAGGACGCCUGCAAGACAGCCACCCCAGCCAGUGCGCCACCGGAUACCACGCUGCUGGGCAUCGCGUUGGAGCUAGGCCUGCAGGUGAUGCGGAUGACCCUGAACACCAUGACCUGGCGGCGGAGGGAGAUGGUGCGCUGGCUGGUCAGCUGUGCCACGGAGAUUGGCCCACAAGCCCUGAUGAACAUCAUGCAGAACUGGUAUUCUUUAUUCACGCCAGUGGAGGCGGCCACCAUCGUGGCAGUGACAGGCACCACGCAUGCCACGCUGCUGCGGCUGCAGCUAGACACAGCCCGGCGGGAGGAGCUCUGGGCCUGCGCGCGCACCCUGGCACUGCAGUGCGCCAUGAAAGACCCUCAGAACUGCGCCUUGCCCGCCCUGACCCUGUGCGAGAAGAACCACGCGGCCUUUGAGGCGGCCUAUCAGAUCGUGCUGGACGCCGCCGCCGGAGGGCUGGGCCACGCUCACCUCUUCACGGUGGCCCGCUAUAUGGAGCACCGUGGCCUGCCUCUGCGGGCCUACAAGCUGGCGACGCUGGCCUUGGCGCAGCUCAGCAUAGCCUUCAACCAGGACAGCCACCCCGCCGUCAACGACGUGCUGUGGGCCUGCUCCCUCAGCCACUCGCUGGGCCGGCACGAGCUCUCCGCCAUCGUCCCCCUUAUCGUCCGAAGCAUCCACUGUGCCCCAAUGCUCUCUGACAUCCUGCGCCGCUGGACCCUCUCGGCGCCUGGCCUGGGUCCCCUGGGGGCCCGCCGGGCUGCCAAGCCACUGGGCGCCGACCGGGCCCCGCUCUGCCAGCUCUUGGACGCCGCAGUAGCCGCCUACAUUACCACUAGCCACUCCCGCCUCACGCACAUCAGCCCGCGACACUAUGGCGACUUCAUUGAGUUCCUGGGCAAGGCCCGUGAGACCUUCCUCUUGGCGCCCGACGGGCACCUUCAGUUUGCCCAGUUCUUGGAGAACCUCAAGCAGACCUACAAGGGCAAGAAGAAGCUCAUGCUUUUGGUGCGAGAGCGCUUCGGUUGAGAGGUGGCAGGGUGGUGGGAGUGGGGAUCCCCUCACCCCUGCCCCCCUGCACCCCCGCUCUCCUUGGGGGGCCUCAGCACUGGAGGCCCAUGUGGCAUUUCAGUAUUAAGUCAGGGAAGGAGCCCGGCUGGAGAUGGGAGGCAGGGGGGGUGUCGUCCUGCCACUGCCACGUGCGUGCCUAGGAGUGUGUGAACGAGUGUGUGAGACUCUAGGAGCAGAAGCCAUACCACCGCCCAGGAGCCUGGAAGGGGGUGUGUGCUUGGGCAGCCGGUAUUGACCCCGCCCUGGGCACCCCAAAAGCAAUAGACAAGCUCACCCUCUCCAAACUCACAGGCCUGGCUUGGGCUCCAGGAGGUGGCGGGAGGCAGGACUUCCCAGAAACUGGCCCACUAAGUCAAUGUAGCAGACCUUCCCAGAAACCCCCCCCCCGGUGGCCAGGGGACUUAUAUUAGGGCAUCUGAGUCCUUUGUGCCCUCCCUCUGCCCCACUGCUCAGGGUCCCUAGUCUGCCGCCUCCCAGGCAGCUGCCCAGCCAGGACCAAUGUCUCACCCCCACGGAAGGAUCUGAGGAGGCUUCAGGCCUCAGCCACAUACCUCACCCCCUCACCCUGUGUCUGGCCAGGACGUCCCCCCAUUCCCUUGGGCACCAGGGUCCCAAGAUGGGCUGGGGGGUGGUCAUCGCUGCCCCUUGCCCCACCUGCUAGUCACUGGACAUGUAACUCAGGAACCGAGCCAGGCUCACACACUGCCCCUCUGAGCCUGGUGUCAGGGGACACAGGCACAAGAGAGCCAGGGACCCCCAACCCCGAUCUGGAAAGGAAAGAGACCUGCUUCUUGGCAUUUUCUGGCUGUCUUGUCUGUCGUUUUCUCCUCCUCUGUCUCCCUGCUUCACCCAUUCUUCUUACUCUGUUUCCAUAUUUAUCUGCAUCACUCUCGGUCCCAUAUGCUGCCUCUCUUUGGCCACCCUUCCCUUCCCCUGCCUUGGCCCAGGGGGGAGGAGGAGGGAGGGCGUCCCACUGCCCAGUCACUUCCUGCACCUUCCCGGCUCUUGUGUAUUAAGGACAAAAGAUCACGUCAUUUUGUAACUUUUUUUCUAUUUAUUGAACCAUAUAUUGUAUAUCCGUGUUUUUUCUCUUUUCUUUUCUUAAAGAUUGAACACAGA